AUGGAUAAAACUAAUAAGGCAAGCUUUUCUAAUUAAAGCAUGCAGUAAACUACAUUUCCUAGCAAAAAGGUCAGCUAUGAUAAAAUUAAAAUAUCUGACCUCUGUUUAAGAGGUAAUGUUCAUGCAUAAAAUUAAAGUUAAAAUAAAAUAAGUAUAUCAUAAGCCCAAGAAAAUGUAAUUCUUUGCCAAAAAACAAAAUUAGAGGAUAAAAAGUCCAUAUAAUUAGACUAGGACUUGAGCGCAGACAUUAUCUCAAAAAUUGGCAUAGACAAUUAUAAUAAAAAUAUGCAAAUGGUAGAUUUGAUUAAAAAUGGAAUUAAUUUAAAAAUUUAAAAGAAUAAUAAUACGCCUAAAAGUAAUUCCCAAAAGAGUAUGCAACUUUAUAAAAAUAUAAAGGUACCUAACAAAGCAUCUAUUAGUAGUUAGUAAGCUAUUUCUUAAUAAAAAAAUAGCAAUAAUUGUCAUCUAAAAUACUAAACAUUGUUAAAUGAUCGUGCAAGAAGUAAUCAAACAGAUGAUGAAGAUUUUAAGCAGAUCCUUGCUACUAAUAGUACUUCUCCAUAAUAGAGGAAUACUUUGUCAGGAAACAACUAAGAAUUUAUAAAAUAAUAAUUGUAAGUUUUUUCUUAAAGAGAUACUAGACAUUAAGUAAGUAAAAAUGGGAACAAAAAGAAGUAGUCAGUUGGUUCUACUGAGUAAGCUUAUUUAAGGUUUGAUGAAAACAAUCUAUAAAAAAAGUAAAGAAAUAGAAGUGAGCAGAUGGGAGUGAAGUAGCUUCUAACUCUAAAUAGCUAAAGUCAGUUUGCUACUCUAACUAGAUAAAAUCCUUAAAUCGAGUAAAUUCAGAAUAUAUUAAAAAAGAAAGGUGAAAAAUCACAAGAAAAGAUAAAAGUAAUUCAUAACUAAGUAGUAGACUCCUGUAAAGUAGUCUCUUAAGACUAAAAGAGUAGUGGUCUUUUAAAAAACUAGCACCUAAAUAGCAAUAUUACCAAUUAAACUGACUUGUAGAUAAAAAAUAAUCAAUUAAAUCAGCAAUAAAAUGCAAAUAAAUUGAAAGAAAACUCUUAAUUUAUUGCAAGUAAUUAAAAUACUAUGUUCUAAGAAAGUAAAAUGACUUCUGAUAAGUCUUAAGACAAACGCUAAGAAAGUAACUAAGAAAGUAAAUUUAAGCUAAAAGAAUCUGAAAUCUAAAAGAUCUAAUUACUAUUUUAACAACAACAGAAAAAAUAAACCUCAAAUUCAAAUUAAAAAAAAUAACCAGCCAAUCAAAUAAAUAAACAAGAAGAUAAUUCAAAUAAUUAAGAGAUUACACAACAUUAAAAAUAACCAUUCUUGAAAGCAUAAAUACAAAAGUAAAAUUAACAAUUCCAAAAUUCCUAUUAAUAACAAUAACAGCAACAACAAUAAAUACAAUAACUACUGCACCAUAAAAAGAAUUCAGAAUAAAAAUAAAAAUCAUAAGAAAAACAAGCUACCCAAGAAAUUCCUUUUUCAGUAAUUUAAAAUAAAUUACAGAAAUAAAUAAAUACUGAUAGGCAACAAUAUAAUUUAAAUGAGGUAAAGUAAGCAGCUUAGCACUAAUAUGGCCGUAUUUAAAAUACUAAAGAAUUAUUAGGAUAGAAUGACUUAAUAUCAAUGGCUGGAUAUCCAAAUACUUUGUAAGAUAUUAAUAAUACACAAAUUAACUAGCAGUAGAUUUAGUAAAAGCAGAGAAUGGUAUCUUUGAAUUCUCGACAAUCAUUAAUUCCUGUAAAUAAUUAGUAGCUAGAAGAUGAUGAAGAAUUAAUAGCACUAUAAUAAUAUAGCUCUCCUUUCCUAAGAAGUUCUUCAAGUAGUAAAGAGCCAAAUAGAAGAUAUGAAAAAUAACCUCUUGAAAAGAAAAAUGAAAUUGAUAAAAAAAUAAAAGAUUAUUUAGAAUAGAAAUAACAAAACUCUUCAUCAUAAGACUCUGGAUGCAGAUAACAAAUUGUAGGUACUCCUUCUUUAAUUACUAAUUCAACUAGCAAUAAAAAUAGCAGUAAUCAAAACAGUAAGUCAGGAAACUCAAAUUAAAACUUACUUAGUAGCAAUCUCAUCAACUCUAACUUAUAGUCUAACAAAGAGUACUAAAGAGCACAUACAGAAAGCAGUGCAUAAUAAUUAUAAAUAAAUUAACUAAAUUUAGAAGAAAGCCAAGUACAUUUCUAAACUGAAGAGACUGUUUCUCAUUACAGUUAAAGCAGCAGUAUAAAGAAAAAUUAAAAUUGUUCACAUAAUGGAAAGAAUUAAAAUAGUAAUAAUACUCCUCAUCGUCAGCAGAAAGCUUAGCUUAAAUCUUCAGUCAGCUAGUAAAUAAUUACUCCUUCCACAUGCGAUGCUAAGUAGUAAGUAACCUUAGUUUCUCCUAUGAUAAGCAAUUUUGUAAUAUCUCCUUCAUCUAAGGUAAUUACUCUCUCUCCUAAACCCUACCUUACUACAGAAAAUGAAGAUCAAGAAGAACAAGAUGUGAUAAUUACUUUUUCUGAAAAUGUAAAUACUGAAGGAUCUGAGGAUUUGCCUUAAGAAUCUAAUUUAUAACCAAAUUAAGAAGCAGGAUAUAAUAUCAAUAAACAUAAAAGCAUUUAAAAAGUAAAUAGCUCUAAAACUAACAAGUAAGAGCAAAUCAAUUACAAAUUAGAGUCUAGGCUAGGAGCUUUAGAGUUAGAAAUGUCUUCAAUAGUCUAGAGAUGUGUAAACCUUGAAGUAUUAAACAGAUCUUUAAAUUAAAAUAUUGAGAAAGUAAACGCAGAAAAAGAUAUAAUAUUAAAAGAAAAUGAAAUUUAUAGACUAAAAAUUGAGGAACUUCAAUUAAUUAACAGAUAACAAGAGGACACAAUUGAAAAGCUACUCUAAAGAAUUACUAGCCAACAUGAUAUACAUAAUUUAAACACUUCCCAUUUAAAAUCAAAUAGAAAUAAAGGAGAAUACUCUAAUUAAUAUAUGAACACUGAAAAUUCUACAGCAGAAAUUUCAUCUUACCCGAAUGGAGAGAAUAUGUCCUUCUAUAGCUAGAGCAAAGGAUUUUAAAAAUCUGAUGCAUUUUCGUCUGCUAGAGGAGUUCCUAUAUCUACUUAAAAUACAUUCAAAUCUAAAAAAGACUUAAAUUAAUAUUUUUCUAACAUGAUCAAUAACUCUUAAUCUAAGUAGUUGAUACCAUAAACAUUUUAAGGUUAUUUAAGCUAAAAAAAUUUACAAAAUUUGAUGGCUAACUCUCAAAUAUAAAAUAGUAAUUCUCUUACUUAAAAUGACAGUUUAUUGAGUAAAUAAAUAUUUAGCUAAAGUACAAAAAACCAAUCACAUAAUUAGUAAAUGUAUUCAUUUUAGAAUGUAAACAUAGAUUAAGAAUAGGCUUAGGCAAGCUCUUAUAGAAACGAUUACUACCUAUCAUCUAGACAUGGAAUAUAAAACUAGUAAAAAUAGUAAUGA